CGGACGGCCAGGAAGGAACCCUAGCACCCGUGGCUGCCUAUAUAAGAGGCAAUCCUCUCGCCCUAACCCCCUCCUCUCUCCCAUCUCAUCCCAGCCGCCGCCGCCGCAGCCUCCUCCUCUCGCCAUCUCCCGUCCUCUCCUUCAAGUCAGCUACCUGCUUAAUCAACCAUGGGUAAGGAGAAGACGCACAUCAACAUUGUGGUCAUUGGCCACGUCGACUCUGGCAAGUCGACCACCACGGGCCAUCUGAUCUACAAGCUUGGAGGUAUCGACAAGCGUGUGAUUGAGAGGUUCGAGAAGGAAGCCGCUGAGAUGAACAAGAGGUCCUUCAAGUACGCGUGGGUGCUCGACAAGCUCAAGGCCGAGCGUGAGAGAGGUAUCACCAUCGAUAUUGCCCUGUGGAAGUUCGAGACCACCAAGUACUACUGCACGGUCAUCGAUGCCCCUGGUCACCGUGACUUCAUCAAGAACAUGAUCACGGGUACCUCCCAGGCUGACUGUGCCGUGCUCAUCAUUGACUCCACCACUGGUGGUUUUGAGGCUGGUAUCUCCAAGGAUGGCCAGACCCGUGAGCACGCUCUUCUUGCUUUCACUCUUGGUGUGAAGCAGAUGAUCUGCUGCUGCAACAAGAUGGAUGCCACCACUCCCAAGUACUCCAAGGCCCGUUACGAUGAAAUCGUGAAGGAAGUCUCAUCCUACCUGAAGAAGGUCGGCUACAACCCUGACAAGAUUCCCUUCGUUCCCAUCUCUGGGUUUGAGGGUGACAACAUGAUUGAGAGGUCCACCAACCUUGACUGGUACAAGGGCCCCACCUUGCUUGAGGCUCUUGACCAGAUCAACGAGCCCAAGAGGCCAUCAGACAAGCCCCUGCGUCUUCCCCUUCAGGACGUGUACAAGAUCGGUGGUAUUGGCACCGUGCCUGUGGGUCGUGUUGAGACUGGAGUCCUCAAGCCUGGUAUGGUGGUGACCUUUGGUCCCAGCGGCCUGACCACUGAGGUCAAGUCGGUUGAGAUGCACCACGAGGCUCUCCAGGAGGCUCUUCCUGGUGACAACGUCGGGUUCAACGUGAAGAACGUUGCGGUGAAGGAUCUGAAGCGUGGGUACGUGGCCUCCAACUCCAAGGAUGACCCUGCCAAGGAGGCUGCCAGCUUCACCUCCCAGGUGAUCAUCAUGAACCACCCUGGCCAGAUCGGCAACGGCUACGCCCCAGUGCUGGACUGCCACACCUCCCACAUUGCCGUCAAGUUUGCUGAGCUGGUGACCAAGAUCGACAGACGAUCUGGUAAGGAGCUGGAGAAGGAGCCCAAGUUCCUCAAGAACGGUGAUGCUGGUAUGGUUAAGAUGAUUCCCACCAAGCCCAUGGUUGUGGAGACCUUCUCUGAGUACCCUCCUCUUGGUCGUUUUGCCGUGCGUGACAUGAGGCAAACGGUGGCUGUUGGCGUCAUCAAGAACGUGGAGAAGAAGGACCCAACCGGUGCCAAGGUGACCAAGGCUGCCGCCAAGAAGAAAUGAUCCUCGUUCAAGUGGUAGUUUUGUGCACGGCCAUGGCACUCGUUGCAUUGACCGUUAUUAUCAUAUGCUCGCUGUGUGCACUGUGUCGUUUAAAACUCUCUAUUUUCUGUUCGGUUUAAACUUGUUCUGAGCCUGAUUAUUGCCCUUCGGCUGUUGUGGAAUGCGGGUAUUUACAUUGCUAAUUCCUAUGUCUUUAUUUUGGCUUGUGGCAUUCGCUUGUUCUACUGCUAUUGAAAACUGUAAUCUGUUUCUGUUAUUAAAAACUGAACCUUUUCUUCUGCUAUUUGAAACUGAAGCGAGUGGGUUUCAAUUUGCUGAAAUCCUGCUACUUGCUAUUUAAA